CCGAACGGUGACGUUGGCGGGGAUUCGGAGGACGUAGCGACGCCUGUUGGAGCUCCCGUGAGUCGACAGAGCGACAGGAAAGCAAAAUGGCGGAUGAAGAUGUUACGCUGGAUGGUAAAUCGCUACAAUCGCUCCGUGUGGCGGAUUUGAAAGCCGCUUUGGAGCAUCGACACCUCCCUAAAAGCGGGGCAAAAAAUGCGCUCAUUAAGCGACUGAAGGGGGCUCUGAUGUUGGAAAAUGUUAAGAAGACUUCCACUUCCCACAUUGGGCUUCAGCCCAACUCCCAGAUUGGGGAGGAGAUGAGCCAGAACAGCUUCAUAAAGCAGUACCUGGCUCAGCAGCAGGAGCUCCUUCGCCAGAGGCUGGAGAGAGAGGCCCGGGAGGCGGCAGAGGUCGAUGGGGAAACAGGCCCAGAGGAGGAGGAGGACGAGGAUGAGGAGGAGGAGGACACAGAGCAGGACAACGACAGUGCUUCCUACCAUCCUGACAAGCAUUGCCCCAUACCCUCUCAGCCCCCACUGACCCGGGCUGAGGAAGGAGGUGGAGGAGGGACAAUGAUGAUGGGGCAAGGAAUGAUGUCCCAGGGUAUGGGCAAAGGGACGAUGUCUCGCAGACCACACUUUGGCCCAGGCUCCGUGCCCCAGGAGUCCCCUGACGCCCCUGGCUCCUGGACGCAGCAGCGUCUCUCACUCCACACUGGCCUCCGCCACGAGGAGCUCACCACCCCCUCACCACCCCGCGCUGUGGCCUCCCUGUCUGUGCGUGUCCUGGGGGACCCCGAGCGCCAGGGCCUGCCACCCUCCAUGCCCCCCCGCGUCCAGGCCCAGGAGAAUGAAGGCACCGCCCCGGCGGAUGACGACCGACCCGCCCACUAUGUGCUCCACCUCAGCCGCUCCGCUCGGGCAGCAGCCAGCGCCGGGGGUAACCGCGUCCAGGAAGACAGCGAUGAUGAUGACAGCAGUGAGGAGGAUGAAGAUGAGUGGGGACCUGCGGCGGGGGCAAGAAGAGGUGGCGGUGGAAGAGGACGUUCCCCUCCCCCUCGGCCCCAGCAGCCUUCCCCCAGCAUCCCAGUGGGCCGAGAGAGGUCCAGACGCAAGCUCCAGCCUCCGCAACACAUCCCCCCUCAGCAGGUAGUACACCAGCCCCCCAUGCAGCUCCGCCAGCCCACCCCGCCCCCCUCCCCUCCUCCAGAGCUCUCCUUUCCUCUACCCGACACCCCCAAGCAGAGCCCGCCCGACAUGGAUGAGGAGCCAGAAGGAGCAGGGGCUGGGGUAGCCGUCCGCUCCCCUCCAGGUGGCCUCCAGAGGCACGACUCUGACUCCAGCUCCCGCUCCAGCAGCCCAGAGCCCCUGGCCCAGCGGCGGCCCGGACCCCUCUCCCUGCUCGCCCGCAAGAUGGCUUCCGAGGGAGCAUUCGGGAAGAGAGGUGAGGGUGCCUCAGACGGCCAGACAGGUCCUGGUGGGGAGUCAUCCGGAUCAGGAGAUGGCGGUAGCAUCGUCCCAGGAGCAGGACCGGGGGUUGGGGUAGUCCUGUUCCCUGGGGCUGCUAUCACCCAUAUCGGAGGCAGCAGCGCAGCGCACUCCGGAACCGUCCCUGUACCCGAGGUCCCUGCACCAGUGUCUAUGUUUGGAUCAGGGGCCCAGUUCCAUCCUCUCUCUCUGGUGUCUGGAGCAGCUGUCCCAGGCAUCACCCUCACCGUGGAGCCCCAGGGUACAUCUGGAGAGACGGCACAGAAGAGAACGGAGAAAGAGGAGAAACAGGUAGAGCGUGAGAGUUGCCUGCCGCCAUGGAAGCACGGACGUGAUGUGACGUCUGUGUCCUCGCCGUUUGGGUCUGGGGGGUCAGAGGUGCCUGCGGUGCACCAGGGGGACAGCCCGAAGAAGUCACCCUUCGGCAGUGACGAACCCCUCUCCUCCCCUCCCGGCUCAAUCGCCUGCCUGCCUGCUCUCGCCCCCAAGAAGCCCCGCAUGUUCUCCGACACCUCAUCCGGCUCCAUGGCAUCCCCUCCCAAACCUGGGCAACAGGGGUCUGUGGUGGUGACCACGCCAGGGGAACCCCCCCUCAAACAGGAAGUCCUCGUCUCAGGGGCCCAGCAGGACACAGACAACACCAUAGAGAUCACCUCACCGAACAAGGCGUCCGCGGAAAAGCCUGGAUGGAAAACUGGAGGAGAAAUUGUAAAGAUGGAGAAGGAGAGUGACAGCCAGGCAGAAAAGGCGACACCGAAAGCCGCCGGCGAGACCAGGAGAAGAGGACCUGAAGAGGCUGUUGAGGUUGAGCCCAUGGGGCCUGCUCUGCCCCCCUCUUACCCUGGUAAGGGAGAAGAAGAGAAGAAGCGGAAGGAAGAUGUGAGGAAGAAGGAAGAAGAGCGGUGCAGGCAGAGGAAGAGGACGAGCGACAGGAGUUCGUCGCCCUCCAGUGGUGGCGACUCUUCAUCCUCCGACUCGGAUUCUGGAUCCUCUUCAUCACAUUCCUCUGGCUCCACCUCCUCCCGGGACAAAAAAAAGAAAUCUGUCCCGGGAAAAGGAAGAGGGGAUGAAAGGAGAAGACUGGAAAAAGGAGGAGAGAAGAAACAGCCUUCCAGGGAGAAGAAGCAGUCUUCCCUGUCGGAGCCGUCCGGCCCUGGCCCUAUGGAGGUGGAAAGACCAGACCCAGAGGACUCCAGGGCCCCCCAGCCCACCCCCGAAGGGGACCCAGAGAACAGUGAGGGCCGCAUGGAGGAGAGCACCACUCCUAAAGCUUUGGCCACACGCAACAUCUCUUUAACCACAGGCAGUAAGACGUCUCCAGAGGGAGCAGGAGAGGCAGAGUCUGGGACCGCCGCGGGGAGGAAGAGGAGGUGGGGAUCCUGCAUGGCCGUCACCACCAAGAAACCCUCCAUCAGCAUCACCACAGACUCUCUGAAGUCUCUGAUCCCAGACAUCAAGACCAGUCAGGAGGCUGUGAUGGAUCUCCACCCAGACGACAGCCAGCUGUCUGGGGACGAGGACACCUCCACCACCAGGGAGGACCAGGGCCUGGACAAAGACCUUAAGAUCAGACGCACCGUCACACAGGUGGUCCCAGGUGAAAGCCAUGAGAAUGGCCGGGGAGAACGAGAGGAGGAAGAGGAGAAUAAACGGGAGCGUGAGAGGACACACAAAGAAAAGCGAAAGAACAGCUACUCAGAAGAUGGCAUGGUGUGUCAGUCCUCCACAACACACGACGCCAACGCCAAGAAAGUCACUCCCAGUGAUACUCUGGUGCGUCGCUCCAUCAGUCAGCAGAAGUCUGGUGUGUCUGUUACCAUCGACGAUCCAGUCCGCACAGACAAACUGCCCUCUCCGCCCAGAGGCAAAGUCUCCAGCAUCGUCCACGUCUGUAACCUGGUGCGACCUUUCACCCUGGGUCAGCUGAAGGAGCUGCUGAACAGGACAGGCUCUGUGGUGGAGGAGGGCUUUUGGAUCGACAAGAUCAAAUCUCACUGCUACGUCACUUACUCCAGCACAGAGGAGGCUGUGGCCACACGAGCUGCUCUGCACAGGGUGAAGUGGCCCCAGAGCAACCCUAAGGUCCUCAGUGUGGACUUCUGUGAGCAGAACGAGCUGGACUUCCACAGAGGUCUGCUGACCGUGGACCCCAGAGAGGAGCACCGGCCCCAGCCUGCCGUGGGUCCUGGAGGUCCCAAAGUCCGACCGGGGGGGCUGCCCCCUCUGAUGCCUGAACGGGACGGGCGCGCGGACCGCGGGGCUGUCGGAGGGGUGCGGGACCAGUGGGCGGAGAGAGAGAGGGAGAUGGAACGCCGGGAGAGGACCAGGGCGGAACGCGAGUGGGACCGGGACAAGGUGCGAGACUUCGGAGGAAAACCAGGAGAGGAGAGGGAGAGAGGGAGGAGAUCUCGCUCCCUGGAUAGAGAGAGGAGGCGAAAGGAGAGGGAAGGGAAGGAGAAGAAGAUCGACAAAAAGGCUGUUCCAACAGAUGAACCUCCUGUCAAACUACUAGACGACCUCUUCAAUAAGACCAAAGCAGCUCCCUGUAUAUACUGGCUUCCCCUCACUGAGGAACAGGCAAACCAGAGGGGGAAGGAACGGGAAGAGCGACAGAAAGAACGAGAGAGGAGGCGGAAAGAACAGCAGGAGGAGGAGGACAAGAAGCGAGAGGAGGAGAAGAAGGAGAGAAUGAAAAGUAGAGAGGAGGGAGGCGCUGCGGUCAGCACUGGAGGUGGGAGUGUCCGGGGAUCUGAGGGAGACAGGGACAGAGAGGGGGAGCGAGGGAGGGACAGAGAGGGGGAGCGAGGGAGGGACGGGGACAAGAGGAAGGACAUUGGUGGUUUGAAACCCAAAGGUCCCGAUGUUAAACCCUUGUCGGGGUUCCGACACUCCCGUAGCCGUAGCAACCUCCGAGACAGACGCCGCUGAGCGGGGUCACAGUGACGGAGAGAGGAGGCAGGGGCGGGGGAAAUGAAGGAUGCAAUCAUGUCCCCCUCCUUUCACCUUAAAAUACUUCCAUUAUCUCCAUGGUAAUAGUCUGUUCCUCCUUACUAGUCAACUGUCCUUUAGGCCAGGGAGACUCCAGUUUAGAAAAGCCCUCCUCACAUUUACACGUAUAAACUACCUGGUCACAUGUUGAUUGUUAGUGAAGUGAAACUGGCUCCUAAAUGGUACCCUAUCUCCUGUAUGCAGACCCUCGUUGACAGUAUUGUCCUAUGUAGGGAAGGAUAUGGUGCCAUUUCAGACAUUCUCUCUUCCUCCGUCGUCUGUCUGUCUGCCCACGUAUUGGGUGUAUGUGGGUCUUCCUCAUACGAAGCAGUUGAGAGGCCUAUGCUGAGCUCUGUAAAUAGUCCUACAUUUUAACCAGAGAUGGAAACAAAGGGUGGGGGUUUGGCUCCCUCUAGCUUAUGUGCGCGGCACUCUUGAGGCUUGGAACGAAGUAAUAAUCCAUUUCAAAAUAGCAGACCAGCCUACAAACAAUUUUUACUAUUCCAAAAUCCUCUCAAGUAAUUUUUUUCUACUACCCAUACCAAGGCCCUUUGUAGGGUCAUGUGAAGGUUAUAUUUUCUCCUUUGAUGUUUUAUGAUGAAUCUUGUUCAUCUCAGCCUUGGAUGGGUGUUCUAGUUUGUGGUGGUCUGAUAUCCCUCUCCACACAAUAAGGUUACAGCCGGUGAUGUCAUUACACUGAAAUCACACUAUGAAACUGUCCUUUUGCCUUGUCAGAUGGGUAGGGACAUUUGUGUGGGGUGGGGGACUGAUUUCAUAGACGCACACUUGGCAUGCAUACUGUCAUGGGUGGUUUGGGUGGGGAGGGGAACCUAAAGCACUGAGAGAAUCCGUGUGGCACUGGAAUGACAUAACUGUCCCAUUUGUCUUUCUCCAGUCAUUCGUCAUUGGAUGAGAGUGAAACUUAAUUAUCUACCGUUUUAAUAUUAAUUUUAUGAUUUUAGUUUGAAACUUUUGUUUGUCUCCUGUAAGUGCUGAAUGUACAAAUUAAAAUAUAUGCAAAGUUAA